CCAUUCCUAAGGGUCCACCAGUGCUGGCGAAGGAAAUUCAAAUGAAACAUCGGGCACCCAUCAUCGGUAUUGCGAUCGUUAAUAGUAACGGUGUACCGUUGGAGUCCCAGAACAUCCGGGGCCCGGCGCCUCAUCGCGUCCUCAUUGCAUCAGAGGAGCGCUUCAAAGUGUUUUCGCUGCCACAGCUCAAGCCGGUUAACAAAUACAAACUAACGGCACAUGAAGGAGCUCGUAUGCGUCAUAUUGCCUUCGCCACGUUCAUGUGCACGAUACCCGUGACCCAGGCACACGGUAGCCCGGCUAAAACGGCCCCUAAAGUCACCUCUGCGCCAACGAGUCCGGCAGCACCCAGCGCUCCAGGCGGUGGUACCGAUCAAACGGCUACAGGAGGGGACACUCCGCUUAACAACGAACCAACGGUAAACAGUGCGGGGCCUGAGAUAACGACCCACUGCGAAAUCAGUCUACUGUGUUUGACCAAUCUGGGCGAUUGUUUGGUGCUGACGGUACCGGAGCUCCGCCGACAGCUUCAUUCGGCUGCCGUUCGCCGUAAAGAGAUCAACGGCAUAUCAUCAUUGUGCUUCACGAGCCACGGUGAGGCACUUUACAUGAUGUCUUCGUCCGAAGUUCAACGCAUCAGUCUUUCGGCUACAAAGAUCGUGACACCGACCGGUAUGAUCGAUGUCGAAGAUUGGUCAGCACCGGUUGGUGGCGACCUUGACCAGGAAGAAGAAGAAGAAGACGAUCGAGAUGACGCCAAUCGUCCUUGUAUUAUUCUUACAGGACGGCUUUCUGUACUAAGCACGCACACCAGCCAAUCAUCCUCUACGGCCAAAAACAGCUAAGUAAUCAGCUGGAAUUCUUCCAACUUCAAUGACCUCAAGGGUAUCGGGUAUGUAUCGUUGCCUAUAGCUCUUACCCAUUUUCAAUUACCACGGAGAAAUCAUCAAAUUCGGCGGCGGGAAAGAGUUAAUUUUUUUUAAACCGAUUCGUUCUAUUCCAUUCGUAAAGAUUUCGUUCCGUAAAGAAUCCGAAUAAAUGAGUGAUUACAGUCGUGUU